AAAUUUGCUGCUUCGCUUGCAGAGUCAUGGAAGAGUUUUCCGGUGGCCCCUUGGGCUCAACGGAAGUGCUGGUGAGCCUGAAGAGGAGCCAUGAGGGCCACAGGUUGCAAAUGGAGAGCAUCAAUGGAGAGCUGGCGUACAAAAUCUAUGAGCGGAACAUGCUCCUCAAAGCAAAAGAUGCCACCUUGGAGGAGCAGCAGGACAGGUUGGCCUACUUGGAAGGAGAGCUCUGUGACCUGGAGGCCAAGCAGUAUCAUCUCCGGGGCCAAGUGGACGAACUGAACCGCAAGAACGCCACCCUGAAAGAGGAAUACGACACGCUGCGCCAGCAUUACGGGCACCAAGAGGGGGAAUUUCGUCGGGCGGCCGAGAGAAGCGUAGAGCUACUCAGGUGCCUCAUGCAGGUGAAGGCAGAUGCUGCCCAACACGAAAACGAGAGGAUUGAGAGAGCAAAGCACGCCAGGGUCUCCCAGGAGCUGAAGAAGGCAACCAAGACGAGGGUCAGCGUGAAGGUAUAUCCAGAAGUUGUGAAGGCAGAUAAGCAGAAGAUGGAAACCACAGAUGUUCCUGAAGAGCAGAAUGGUGAAAGGUUAAGGAAAAGACCCUUUAGAUCCGCAUCCGCCACCUCCAUGACCCUCACCAGAUAUGUGGAUGUUUUCAAGGGUUUGUUUGAUUUCAGGCUGAAACGGGGGAACUCCAUCAGCAGCGUGUCGGAGGACCGGUAUUGCAGCCUUCCCUGUUGCAUGGCGGCCUGCCUCCCUUCCGGAGUGAGUGACAUACAGGAAGCUCAUGCAUCUGAGAUCAAUGCCAUCAAGUUCAGUCCCAAUUCAGGCAUGCUGGCGACUGGUGGGACGGACAGACGCAUCAGACUCUGGAAUGUGGUUGCAGGUCACCUGGAAAACAUGCAGAGCUUGGAAGGGGCCAAUGGAAGCAUCACCAGUGUGGAGUUUGACCCAUCGGGUUGUCACAUCUUGGCUGCUACGUACAACAAUGCUGCUCAGCUGUGGAAAAUGGGUGAUUGCCAAUUCAAGGAGAUUCUCACUGGCCACACGGACAAAGUGACGGCUGCCAAGUUCAGGUCCACCCGGCACCAGGCUGUGACAGGCAGCCGAGACAGGACUGUGAAGGAGUGGGAUCUGAGCAAAGGGGCUUGCUCCCGAACCAUUGAUGUCCUCUCGUACUGCAAUGACCUUGUGUGCUGUGAUACCAUCAUUGUCAGUGGACAUCAUGACAAGACAAUCCGUUUCUGGGACAGCAGGGAUGUCCGCUGUACCCAAGUGAUCCCCGUGGAAGGCACAGUCACCUCCCUGAGCAUCAGUCCUGACCAAAUGCACCUCCUAAGCUGUUCCCGAGAUAACGCCCUUAAAGUCAUUGACCUCCGCAUGCACAACAUCCGACAAGUGUUCAGAGCUGAGGGAUUCAAGUGCGGUUCAGAUGGGACCAAAGCAGUGUUCAGCCCUGAUAAGAGCUAUGCCAUGGUUGGAUCUGCAGAUGGCACCCUCUUCAUCUGGAACAUGGAAACAGGCAAGCUGGAGACCACUUUGGCUGGAGUGCAUAGGUCUCCUGUGAAUGCUGUGGCUUGGGGUUCCUCUGGAACAUACGUGGGGAGUGUGGACCGUUGCAGGAAGGUGGUUUUAUGGAGAUAGCACCAGCUUUACAGACACCGAAUGGGCGAGGUUUCCAGGCUUCCUUCCUCACAGGCUUUUGCCUCUCCAGACUGGCCUCUCGGUGCCUUUUUUUGUUGUGCUCAGGACUGUGGGUGUCAAUGAACAUCAGAAACUUGCGGUUGCAGGAGAAGCUGAGUCGUCUUGUAGGCAAUUGGACGUAGAUUUUGGUCCUCAUGUUGGUACCCCCCAAAAUAUGGACAGAGCUCUCUGGUGCAGGGCCUUGCAGAUUGGAACCCAGGCCUCUAAAAGUCAGAAGAGGCCUCCACCAAAGCAGAAGGCCUGCUUGCAAAGCAGAAAAUAGUUUGGGGUCUUUAACCACAGGGAAUCUCUCAAGCAUUGUAUGGCAGCUUAGAUCCUUUUGCAAGAGAACUAGACAAAUUCAGGAGUGACAGGCUGUCAUGUUGUUGUUUAUUGCUGUCUAGUCAAUUUUGACUGAAAGUGCCCCUCCGAGUGAGAAAGCUCCCAAAGACUCUGUUAUUAACAACCCUGUUUGGGUCUUGCAGACUCAGGGCAGGAAUGGCCUUCUUGACUGAAUCAUAUACACCUGUAUUGUAUUUUUCUGACUGCCUCCUACUUUUCCUCAUUAUCAGCCCAAGAGAAUGUAGCUGAUAACAGUGUGUGCAGUGGUUAGAACCAGGGACUUGGAGAUGAGAGGCUCACAUUCAGAUUCCUGGUUUGCCAGGAAACUCUCUUGGGGUGUUUAUAGGCCAGUCACACUUGCAGCCUAACCAGAAUGGAUGGAUGGA